GAUGCAUCGGGAGGCUCUUUGAGAGGCAGUGGGUGGUCCCAUGGUUGCAGAGAACCACUCCCUCACACCGGUCCCCUCCCCACCAUUCCCCUCCCUCUGCAAACCAGGAGCCCUACCCAGCUCCCUGUUCAAGCACUCUGCUCAGCCCAGAAGAGCAGCCACACAGAAAAAAAAGUUAAAAUCAACUCAGAGGAGAGGAGGGAGGGAGGGAGAGAGAGAGAGAGAGAGAGAGAGAGAGAGAGGGCAGAAAACGCCCUGGAAACUUUGUUGACCAAGAUAUAGGAAAAGAGUGACAGAAUCCUCACAGACAGCUAAGUUGUGACUGGAAGAAGUGCUCUUACUUGGGCUGGGUAGAAGGGGAGAGGACACGUUUUCAAGGAUGCUCAAGCUGGUAUAAGGCUUCUAGGGCGCACAGACUGCGCACAGGUAAAUAUGCACUUUUUUCCUUUCUGUGAAUGAGAUAAAUGAUUUUUUGUGAAUUUUGCUGGCUUCAAACUUGAUUAUUAAGAAAUGAAGAUAAAGAGUUGCAAUCAUUUUGCCAAAGCUUGAACACCCUCCUGGCAAAAGUGUCAAAGUUAUCCAUGUGACAUUUCUGUUUAUAUUCCAAUGAGCUUUUAUGGUCAGCGCUAUCGGCGGGAAGUUAAAAGUGACUUUGUACUGCUUUAUUGCCUGUGUUUAUCACAUGGAACAUCCUAAAACUUUCCCAGAGGAAACUUUUGACGCAGCCAACUUUUUCAUAAAAACAAAACAUGUAUCAAUAUUUACAUGCGUUCAUGUAGAGGUGUAAAGUGGCUGGGAUUUUGUGUGAAUACUUUUCUAUACUAUAAAUACUGAUUUAAAAUAGCUUAGGAUGUGAGAGGUGGGUGUGUUCUCAUAGUCGCCACAUGAAUGCAGAGGAGUUGACUGGAGUUGCGCACUUCACUUUUCCUCUACGGGCACUCAAAGUUUUUAUCCACAGUCAGUCUGAGUGCUAGUAGGAAGAGAUUUCUUCAUAUGAUUUUCAUAACUAACAAGUAGCACACACUGGAACUCUCUUUGUGCAGUGAUUGGACUGUUUUGCAACAUGGAUGUCCUUUGCACACAUAAUCUCUAGUCUUUAGGGUGGAGGAUUUUUCUAAGCACUGACGUAUCCUCCACUCUCUUGGUGAGAAAAGAAAGCAGUGGAGAUUUAAAAGAGUCACGUUGUUUAUGUUGAGAAUGCCAUUUAGAAGUUUCUCUUUUCUGUCUAACACCUUUAUCUGAGGCUGGGCUUUUAAAAAGUAAAGGUAACAACUUCCCCAUGAGAGUUCGCAGCAGCUUGCUUGGGUGUGGAUUCUUCUCUUUCACCUCCCUCCACCCCCUCCUUUUUUUUCUCCCUCCCUUCUUGCUUUGCUGUCUCCUCACAGAGGCACACCCUUCACAGCCAAAAAAGAAAAAGAAAAGAGACGUACACGCUGCAGACUGUCGUCGCGUUAAGUCAUUAAACACAUAGAAAGGAAUUUCUUUCAAUGACAAGGGGGUCCAGAGGUAUUAAAGAAAAAGUUAUCAGAACUUUUUCUCGAUCUGUUUACUAUUUUUAAGUGACACUCAUAAUCAUGAGACACAUGAGGCAAUGGAAAUCCUUGCUUUUGGCUGUGCAUUUUUCCUGUUGAGGAAUGCGGUGAACUUUUCUGAAGGUUUUUGAUAUGAUAUGAGUGAGUUUUCCGGCCAGAGUGACACUAGUUAAAAAUGAAAACUAUCGCUUCAGCUUGUGGCAUGUUUGCUUGUCCUAAAUUCCCAAAUUCUUUGGCAGAGAUAGAUCUCUCUCUUUCCUUUACCUUGGGUCUCUUAACCUGGGCUGAAGGCCAGAGUGUGCAGGGGAGGUAAGAGGGAGGGGGGUCAUAGGAGGGAGGAAGACAGGGAAAGAAAGUCAGGGAGUGAGUAAGUAAAGGGGGAUGGGCGGGGCGGGGGCGAGGAGGGGAGUAAUGGAAUGUAGUGGUUUGGAAAGACAAGCUAAUUGAAACCAGGUUUGGGGCUUAGAUGGGGGAGCUUAGACUUCGCACAUUUGGAGAAAGAGAGAAACCCAUUUGAUUUGCUUACAAAGCUGAUCUAUUUGUCUGCAUAACAUUUCAAGCUUAAACUGAAUCUUUCCAGGUGUGAUCCAGAUCAACACCUUACAUACAGACCUGUCUGUCUGUAUUUUAUAUUUGAUCAAGACGGGAGAAAUGCUGUGGAAAAUGCCGAUGAGACAUAAUCCUUUGUUGAGUCAUAUUUCGAGUUUGUCAUCGCUUGUCCUCAGCAGCUCCCUCCUGCCACACCCAAAAAUCAUUUCAGCAGAGUGUCACACUUUUUCGCUUCCUGAACUCAGCCAUUUUAUACAUGUCGCACUACUCCACGUGUGUCAAAUAACCCACAGCUGUAAAAAUUUUUCAAAUUCUUCUUGUCAAGUUGAUGUGUUGUGCCAAAUGGUGACACAAAGCUCAAAGUUGUUUGUGGUGGUUGGCAUGUAAGCUAUUUCAUGUUUAGCAUUCUUAGUGUUUGAAAUAUCUGUAUUUUGCCACGCGUGUAGGCAAAGGUAUAAACCCAUUCAAAUGUCAUAAAAAUUGUUCGAAUAAGGUUGCCGCUGCAUUAGAAUGGAAAAUUAAAAUGAUGUGAGAUAACCAGGGGCUCUUCAAGGAGAAGAGACUGAGGUUAAAUUGCGAAAUAAACACAUUAAUUUCCAUACUUUUUGCAAACAGGCAAAAUAAAUAAAUAAAUAUAUCAUUAUUAUUUUUUAAACAGCCGCGUGUUUUUGUGUUUCUGAGUUAACCGAGUCCUGAUGACGACUGCCCAUUUUCACAAUGAUUUUGAUUUUUUCAUUUAUGUAUUGCAUAAUAAAUUUGGAUCACAAUUUAGGGCACCAAAAUCUAUCUACUAGUUACAUAGUAGUUUCUGAUUGCCUGUAGCUAAAAUGUUUGUCAGUCAAUAUGUCCUCAUUUUUGCCAGGGGCGGAUUCUGUUUGCCUAAAUUCCUGCACAGAGGGCUACAUUAUGCUGUAACAUUAAGCUCUGAAGAACUCCUGGUAUUCUCAAAACCACACUGUACACUUUUGAAGGGGCUCCAUUGAUCAAAUCUUGCUCAGUCAUGACAGCAGACGUUGGCUGAGUACAAGCUGUCACUCGUGCUAAUUUUACUCCACAUGCCACCAAUGUGACAUAGAGCGCAUUUUCUUUGUAGCCUAAAGAAAAGGACGUGGCUUUUGGCUAUUUAGAGUCUUAGCGUGAUAGUGUCAAGAUAUUUAUCUUAGCAGCCUGUCACUGCCACCAUAUAUUCUCACUCAGUUGAAUGGCAGCACAGACGAGAAAAGUGGUGUUGCUCUGCCGUGCCACUGUGAAACGGAAAGAAACUGGUCUCUAGCUCACUUCCUCUGUCGUUUCCUCAUGGGUUUGUUGAGUGGGUGGCUGGAAGGAGGGACAGAGGCAAAAAAUAGGGAGGUGGAUGUGGUGUGUGAGUUAAAAAGAGAAUUUGAGUGCAAUCAGACUGUAGCUUAUCUAUUUUUACGCUUGCCAUUUCAAUUGAGUCAUUUGGGUCCUCUGUCAACAUGAAAUUCUUACCUAGAGAAGAGUAAAUAAACAAUAGCCCAUAUUAAGACAAACACCACAGAGAGGGAAGUUUAGUGCUCUUCCAGCUGCCAUCAAACAUCUAACUGUGGAAUGUGAUUUUAGAAACUCUUUCUGAGCGCUCCACCCAGCAGCCACUCCCUUCUCAUCCAUCCAUCCAGUGCUGCUUUGGAAUGUUUCAGCAUGUCCUCGGUGUGCACUGGGAAGUACCUAUCAUCAGCAUUACUCGCCUUGUUGUCAAGAAAUAGUGAUUUAAGAAUUAUGAUAAUACAGUCAUCACAAGUGCACAUAAUACUGCUCCAAGUCACACCCAUACACACGCAUGCAAUCUAGACUUGUUUAUGCAGCUUUCAGUCUGGUGGGACUAUUGCAAGCAUGGAAAUUAGAGGGGUGUGAAUCAGUUUUUCAGAUAAGCCAAUAACUUUCACCAUUAGUCUGCCAAACAUCUGUUAUUCCAAAGCUGAGAAAAAAAAAAAAAACUUACAAAAUGGUUGCUGCACAAAGCAGUCUACCUGCCCCCUACUUACUGUCUGACCCACACCCUUGCAGAAAUGCAGAAUGUUGCCCCAUGCUGGACUGACAUGAAGUAUCUGUUACAAAACUGCUUGGAAUGAGGCCACCGAAAUGUCAGGGCAGCAAGGGCUUGGAAUGUAAAUUUGGAAAUACAUUUAGCUUUGUUUAGAUAUUCUUUAUCAGGCAUAACACACACUUAAUAAUGACACUAAAAAGGUGACAUUCUUUUAUGCUUGUUAAUUCUGCAGGGGUGUAAAUGCUUAGAGUAAAUACAUAACACUAUGCUUGUGAUUCAAGGUAAUGCAGAGAUUCAUCUGUCAGAGCCGCCAUUGAACUCUCCUCCUCACCUCUGUCCCCCUAUGCCAUGGAUUGACAUGCACAUGUUCUUAUUCCAAUAGGACUUUUGCACAACUUCAACGAAAACAGACUGAGUGAACAGACAAACUGCUUGGCAGUUAGGUGGCGCAGCCUGUAAAACUUUGACAUAGAAGUUUGUCGUUCACUAGUGACAUCUAUGUAAACUUGCCCCUCCCUUACCUCUUUCUGAGUUGUAACUAGUUAUGCCAGUUUUACAUUUGCAUUCUUAAUAAGCUAUUCUGCAUCUCUUCACCCUUUUUUAUACUCCAUCAAUUGCUCAAUGUUCUUGGCUAUGAAACUGCCUGUAGGCGCCAUCCCAUGAUCACUUCUCAUCUAGAACUUCAGCGACAGACAAAAUGUUUUGUUUCCUUUUUUUGCAAGAGUUAUGUUUGUUUUCUUUUGUAUCUUCCCAUAUGACAGUGUCUUAGUUAAGUUUAUGACACAGCUUCAGAAGAUAUGAAAAAUUCUUUUUAAAUCUCAGCACAUAUGGAACAAAUUAAAGAAACCUCAAGAGAGGAAAUUCAAAGGGAGAUACUCCCUUCUCUGAUGCAUCUCACUGUUCCAGAGAACAAUGAGUAAUGAUAGGAGCUGUGAGUUAUCUUGUACCUAAAGCCUUUGACAGCUUAAAACUGUUCUUUACUUUCCUCGUGUGAACAUGAAGCUUAUUUACGAUGUUAAUAAAGUCAUAGUUCAGUUUUCUUUCAGAGAAAGCCCUGGUCUUGUUUGUGAUCUUGUACAGAGUUUUCCCAAAUGUUUCCAUUUUGUGCAAAACUCGUGCCAAAGUCACAAUAGUUUAAUCAGCAACACGCCAAGUUGGCGUCAGUGGGCAGGCUCUGGUCUUGGGCAGAACUUGUGGUGUGGUUGAGGGCUAUGUGGACUACAGAGUGCAAAAAGGAACCACUUAUUUUGACAUGCAUUCCUUUCAUAUGCGUCACACUUGCAUGUCCUAUCUGCGUUUUUGAGGGGAGUGUGAACCCACGCCGGGGCCUGCUAUGUCUCCUGUGAUUGUUGUACUUGCUACAAUGGAGAUAGCAGGAACAGGGAGUCCAUUCUGUUUUGACAACACAACUGAUUUGUGUUUGGUCACUGCUUCCCUCUUGACUGAGGCCUUUUUAUUUGUUCAUAAUCCAAUCUUAUCACUCACCAGCUCUGCUGUGCCUGAUUCACUUAGGAUUGAGCUUUAAUCAUUGACUCACCGCUCUCUGUUUUCUGCCCACCAAAAUCCACUUUCAUUGACUGAAGCCUCCUUGAUCAAUAUCCAGUGUGCUGUGACCGAGUUACAAACAGACUGUGAAAUACUUAACAGUCUUGGUAUGUUCCGUAAAGGCAGAUAAGACACCUGAGGCGAGAAGGAAAAUGAUAGCAGUGAGAGGUAGACUUAUGUUUGUUGGUUCUAACUGGAAAAUGGGUGGAGCCAACAAAAGGGAUGAUGACAACAAAGGUGAAAUGGGAUCUUGGGGGGGGGGGGGGGGGGUUAACAGGGUGUUGUUUAACACCCAUUUUUGAUUGAGCGUGGUGUUCUUAUUUAUUUGAGCAGAACCUGGAGGUCAGAGGAUGUAGUGGACUGACUACAGGAGGGGGUGGGUACUCGGGCAGGGUGCAGGGUGGGCGGCACAGAUUGGAGCCAGAGUCAAAGAGAAAGAGGACAUUUCUUUGGAGUUAGUCACUGCGGGGAGAGGCUGGGCUCCCUUCCAGCUGGCCUGACGGCUCUAUCAAGGAAUGUGUGAGACUGUAGGCCUGGGUGGGGCUGUGCACUGAGCUGCUCCCUUUGCGAGGCAAGCUCAGGGGCAAAGAGAUGUGAUCCACCUCGUGGACUGCGGCGUGGUAUUUCUACUCUCUAACGCAGUGUGAUUUUAUUUUCUGUUUAUGACCGCACUUGACCCCAGUGUGCAUUCCUGCAUGUGUGUUUAUGGGAGCUGUCUCGCCGAAGUAUUGAGAACAAAAAGUGGUGAAACGUGUGUCUUAUCUUGUGAGUUUGUGUGCUCAGAUAAGGCCACUGAAAAGAUUUCUCUUUGGCAUCUUAUAUUUGAACAUUGCAUAACAUUAAGUUCAUCGACAAAGCUAUCUCAAGAGAAAUCACUCUACCAAUUUGCAGCAAAUCCCCUCUGGCAUUAACUCCAGACCUAAAUUGAUACCACUGAAAAAUAUACCUCUGUCCUUCAGUCAGCCCUUCACCUGCUAAAUAUCUGACACGCCAGUCUGUUUAUUACGUCUCUGUAACAAGAGUAUGGGCUGGAUAGUGUACACAGCUGCUGUGGUGUGUGGAAGGCUCCAUACACAAACAAAGCUACAAACACAUACCGGCUGGCAUCUAUCUCUUCUAUGUCCUGCUUACUCCUGUGAAAGACCAGUUGAAUAAAAUCGAAUCCAAAACUGCGCUCCCUUCACAAAAACAUUUCAAGCUUUGCACCAGUGUUGCUGUUUUUAUGGAGCAUGUGUGCUAACUUUCUCCCAAGCUUUUCAGUCUCACAAACACAGUUAUUGGGUGUAAUUUUCAACAAGGUAAUGAACAAGGCCAACUGAGGAGGGGGAGGUUAAUGAUGGGGUUUGAGAGGCUGUCUCGGAAGAAUUUUUCGGAGGGACAUGUUCCCACCGGCAGAUGCCUGUCUGUACACACAUCAAGUCUGGUUCUGUUUGUACCAAGACUUACAAAGAGAAGGCUUUGUUUCACAAUAUGCCUGUGGGUUGAAGCAAUAAUCCUCAUAAGCUCUGUAAGAUAUAAGGCUAGUCACAACAAGUAAAAGUGACUCAGAAUGCAGAAGGCCACAAAUAAUGUAUAGUUGUGUCAGCAAUUUCAUCACUAAACUGGCCUCAGAGGCUGCUCACCUUACAGCUUGUAUAUUACAGUGAUUUCAUGUUCCACACCCUUGCAGAGUAGUCUUGGCUCACAGUGCUCACCUUUUAAGUUAAUCCAGACCAGAGAGAUUAAAAAGCAUGUUUUACAGUUCUUUGACUUUCUAAUAUCUCUAAAUUUGCCAUUUAAACACUCAUUAAAAUUCUAUCAAAGUGAAAUGUGCUACAAAGAUUAUACAUAUUAUCAUCUUCAGGAGUAAAUGCCACUCUUAAAUAGUCGAUGGAUUUACAGCUUAUUUUCUUGAAAGUGUGUCUUUUGCAUAAUUACUUGCAGAGUCAAUACAGCGAACUAUUUGUUAGUUAAUUAUUACAGACUCUAAAGCCUUUGACUCGGCAGGCCUCAGUAAAUUUGAAAAUUCCAAGAGUAAAACCGUAGCAUGUCAUGUUAGGACAAAUAUCUCAGAGUAACAGCUGCUUAUGUGUGAGGAUUCUGUUGUCUGUCUGACCUGCAGCUUAAUCAUGAUCUGUUAUUACAUAAGUUAGCAACAAGGAAAAUCAAGGAUAGUUUUUAUUGCUAUUGCUAGUUAACAAAUUGCUAAUAGCUGAAUCUCUAACUGGUGUUUGCUUUUUUUUUGUCAACAGAAGUCAAGAAAACGAAAAAAACCGACACAACAUCCUGCAGAAGCCCUUGGUGUUGCUUGAGCAAUCCGAGGUAAGUUCUUGUAGAUUUACAAGAAAAACACAUUUGUAACCAUCUAGGAAAGACAGCUAAAUUUCAAAUGAUCCAUCCUCCCACCACAACACCACUUACUUUGUCUCAUCCUAAAACUGCACUUCUCUACGGGCACAGAAAAUUGGAAUGCUUGUUGCAAAGCCUCCCUUUGAACCUGGAAGGUCAUGCCUCUGCCAUUCAGCUGUGAAAGGCCUGCCUUGUGGAAACCUGACACUUGGCUGCUUCUGCUCCCAGUGUGUCCUCUUUGCAUCCGUCUUUCCUCUCCCCAAACAACACCUGUUCUGCCCGAACCCCCUUUCCCCCUCUUAUGAAACAACUGUGUCACUCUGUUUGAACUGUAUAUUGUUGGCAGCUAUGGACAAUUUAUUUCUCAGGUGUGGGGACCGAUCUGAACUGCAAACAGGCCAAUGACCGGCUUAGAGAGAGGCAUAUUUAGAGGUGCACUGUGGUUGCACUUUAGUUAACUGAAGAAUUUGUCUAGGCUGGCUGUCUCCACGCUUCCCCUUGCUUCGCACACAUGCCAGGCCAUAAUAACAUGAGGGAUAAAUAAGCUCAGCUGUGUCUCUUGCCUUCAUGGUCCCCUUUGAGGAAUUCUGUAGAAGACUCAUUCUGUCUGUGUUUUUACAAUAGACUUGGGAUGAUGUCACUUGUCAAUUUUAAGAAGUGACAUCAACAGCAAUAGCCCCAUAUUUCGACUUGGCUUUUUUCGCUCUGCUCUUUCAGUACUACACUCUUUCACUUAUCUUUUUUAUUUCCUUACCCCUACAUCUCCCUCCCUCUUUUCGAAGGUAACUACUUGGGUAAAAUUAUACAGAUGGAAAGUGAGGGUAAACAAAAAAGGGAGAAGAAUUCAGUGAUUACAUCCUGAGGUAAUUUCACACUGUGAGAGAUUGGAAAAUACAUUAAAAAGAUGCUUUCUUCACCAGCUCUUAGGAAGAAUUUCUAAACAUAUGGAUGGUGCCAUCAGUUUGUGAACCAGACAUUUUCAAGAGACCCACACCAGCCAACAAGAAUAAGCUCCUUGUCUGAGAAUUAAAAUCUUUCAAAUUCACUCCCCCCCUUCUCAGAUGUUGCAUAGCUUCAAACAAGCCUUUGGAGAUGAGGGAGCCUAGAUCAUAUGAAAUGUUUGUCUGCUAUUUCUGUUCGUUUCUAUGGACAAAAAGAGGUGGAUGUGCAAAUGAAGCCACACAGUGACCUAUGGGGAAAAACAAAAGAUUCUCUAGUUUCAGCCAAUUCCUUUGGGAUGCAGAGAGGUCCAGUUGAAAUACUACAACCAGUAGUGUCAGCUGAUCUUAGUGAAAUUUGAUCUCCAUGGGUUAAUAUGGUAAAUUUUCCCUCUGGUACUAGGGAGACUUUUUUGUCCUUUCCACACUCACAUUCAACAUUUGUGUUUGAUGCAUGAAAUAUUGCAUGUAUGCUGUUAGGCUCAAGUCUUGAUAGAAUUAUGCUGCAAGCCUCAGAAGUCACACUGAAAUAGACAUUGAUAAGUAGGAGGUAGCCUGCUGGUGGUAUGUGCAACAUUUAGAAUUAACAUUAUUCCUGCUGUUUGCAUGAUAAGAAAAAGUUUAAAUGUAUUUUAGAGAGAGAGGCAUAAUUUGACCUUCCAGCAUUGCAUGCAUUCCCCAGUAUUCCCUGUAUGCAGGACCAGUCUAUUAUUAACAUGUGUUAAUUGAUGCAUUGCAUGUUGAGUGUCUAUGGACAGGGUCCAGUAAACUGGGAAGACUAUUGAAUAAACCACGUUGCAUUUCAAACUACUUAUCAAUGAUUUCUCAUAUAUUUUUAAAUUAUGUAAAAACAAAGCUAUGUUAAUGGUUGGUAAACCAAUUUGUCAAGGGAAGAUGACUUGCUCAUGUACACUCACCACUACAUAAACAAGGUUUACUACAUUUUUGAAAUCCAGUGCAAAAGCAUCAGUGUGGUCCUCAAAUGGUGUUUAGAAUGCUUUAGAUUUGCUGUGUGGCAAGAUCCGUAGGAGAGCAGUAGAGCAGUGCAUGCCAUGAACUCUUAAAACAGCCAUUUUCUUUGUAUGGGGUUUUCCUUUUUGGGCAUCUUGGUGAUUUGCAGAAAAGUACAGAGCCAAAAGUAAAUUGUAAGAUAUACUUUGUCUCACGUUCCCUUGCUUUCACACCCAUAAGUUUUAUCUCCCAGUACUCUAAAGAGUUUGAAACAAAGAGAUAUGAUGUUGACAAAAAGUUGGUUACUGGUUACAAGUGUAUUCUACCAAAACACAAACUGCCUGUUGGCUAACUAACUCAUACACUGCUUCCUUCCUGCCCUGGUCUUUUUUAUUUUUUAUUGGCUGGUGCCUGGCAAAAAUACAGUUCUGCAGAAAUACGAUGCAAUUACAGCAGACUGGUUAACGUUAAAAUGUUAAACAAAUACUUUUUUUUUUUAAGAAGACAGCUGUUCUUUCAGAGGGCCACAAAUUACACUGCCAGAUCAGAUUUUCACCUCACGAUUAUGGUGGCCAAAAAAUUACAAGAACAAUAUUAUUCAACAUUUAUGGAAAAAUGUAAAUCUAAAACAACACUGUAGGUAAAAAAUGAGAAAAGUCAAGAAAUGAGUACAGCAACAAGAUAUAUGUUAUGAAUACUGAAAGUGCUUAGUAUUUACAUAUAAAAACAGAUAACUAAUAUGCCAUCUUCCGUUUGUACUAUGUUCAAAUUUAUGAUUUAUCCACAUCACUGACUGUAACUGAAACUUCUUUAAAGAAGACAUUGCAACAGAAAAUGAUUCUCUGCAAUUUGUUAUUUUUUCCCUAAAUUUUACAACUAUGCUUUUAUUUGGAAGAAUGAGCUACUUCCUGUUAGUGGCAACAAAGAAUGGUGUGAAAGUAUAGAAUUUCAAUUGAUUUUUAAGUUGCACAAAAGAUUACUUAGAGACACAUACUCCAAAAAUAAUGAAGUAUCAGUUUUUAAGAGAGCUGCUUCAAGACAGUUCUCAGGCAGUCCAUCUAUGAGCUCACGGUAUAACCGUCUGCCAAUAUUUUAAUUAUAAAGCAUGAUUACCAUCAAUACUGGUAUACUGCGACAACCUUAGCUGGGUAUGAAAGGAAUUAUGUUAUUUGGGUAGAGAAGAGUGUGAGGGACUGGUCAGCUUGUUAAGAUACAUUAGUGGAAAUCUGCCAGUACCUACAUUGUCUGAGUAUGUUUAAAUACUAAUCCAGUGAAUAAUGGGAUCGUUGUUUUGUCAUCGCAAGGGAAUCUCAAUUACACUAAAUAAUUAGGUCAGGUGAUGAAAUUUGUGAUACUCAUGAAAGCAACUAUAAAAAGUACAAUAAUCUUCCUAAUUCAAUGAGGGCAUUAAAUAACAAAACAAGUAGUCUGCCUAGAAUUGUGUUUUAGCAUAAAUCUGAUAAUCUUAUUAUUGAUUUAGUUGUCUUCGUAGGUAUCUGUGCUGUGGAGUGGAGUGGAUAAAUGUUUUUGUACUUUUUGCAGCUUUAUGUGUGUUUUAAUAAAACAACGCCAGGUAGGCUUUAACAAUCAUUAUUUCCUCGACUGACAUUAGAAUUGUAGAAGAGGGGUGAAGAGGCAGGAAACAGCUGUUUUACUUAGAGUGGGUGAGAUUUGCCCUCAAUCAAUUUUCCAAAACAUUUAACACCCAAGAAGGAUCUGGUGGGUGUUGUUUUGAGGUGGUUAGGGUUACAUUUUUUUUAAGGGUUCUUACACCAUCUAGUGUUCACUUUAGAGACAUGCAAACCAGACUUUUCUUGCUUGAACAAAAUCAGGUAUUGUAGAAUAUGAAUGGGGUUAAAAUUAGUUGGUUUGAAUAAAUAGUAUUUUCUGAAGAUAAACUGAUACACUGUUUGCAAUGACUCUGUCCUAAAUUUUACCUGUUCUUUACACAGGAAAACAAAAACUGAGAGUCCAUCACACUUGAGCUUAAAUAAAGGACAAUACAGCAAGAAAGGUAUCUUGUAAAUCAAAUUCACAAUAAUGCACUAUAUGUCACCCUGCAUAGCAACAUGGCCAUGCAUACACUAUGUGUUUUUUCACUUUACCCAUGUAUGACCAUGUUAACAGAUGGCUGAAGAAGAGGAAACCAGGGAGGUGCUUUUCCAAGACUGGGAGGGUCCAGACAAAACUGGUUUGACUAUUGAACAGACAAGUGAUGGAGAGCUCUUUGUUAAGGAGGUGAAAGGAGAGUCACCUGCAGCACGGUCUGGAAAAGUAUAUGAAGGUAGCAAAAUCCUUUUAUCUCAUCAUCAAGUAUGAAAUAUAAAUGGACACAUACAUGCUCACUUAUCCCCACAUACUUUCUGUUAACUAUCCUCUUGACUUGUAGGUGACCAGAUUGUGGGUGCCACUGUCUACUUUGACAAUAUGAGCUCUGAAGAAACAGCUGAGCUACUGAAGACAUUGAAUCGUCACAAGGUUGGACUAAAACUACAAAACAAAGGAGACAAGUCACCUUGCUACUCACCCUUGAGCACACCGUGUCGUUCACCAAUGGGCACGCUGACAUGGGAAGGGAAAACCCGCUUUGGAGGUUCAAGUCCGGAUAUCAUCCUUGUAAGUAAAUGUUUUCUUGAAUUAUAUUUCCUUUUCUGUUUCUGGGUAUGUUUUGAACAAAAUGUGGAUAUACUAAUAUUUCAAUUUUGUCUUUCUGUUUUUUUCCCCUGUCUACAGGGUGGUGAUGAUGAGGACUAUAAAAGAAUUUACACAAAAAAGAUUAAACCAAGGCUGAAGUCUGAGGAUCUUGCAGAGGGUGUAGAUGUUCGCACAGAGCGUCACAGCAGCACAAGCAGUGAUGGCAGCACAAUAACCACCAUCACCCGUCGCAUCACAACCUACACUGUGGAUAUGCCAAGCGGCAUUAGUGAGCAACUUGAACUUUCAAACCCAGAGUUUAAGGGGCUAAGGCUUGAAUCUGGUGAUGGCUCUCCUCAUAUCAGAAUCUCACAUGGCAGUCCUUCAGGUAAAGUAGAAGAAGAAGGAGUUUUUGAAAGCAGUGGUGUCUCUUACUCUGGGAAAUCAGUUGGCUCCAUAGAGACACGCUGUAUCAGCGGAGGAGUUAAGACCACAACCAUAACAAGAGAAGUAGAAAGAGAAAAAGGUGCAGGACUAAGAUUUCAAGAGCCUAACUCUGGAGUCACGGAGGGUAGAGGCCAGGGGGGCUUCGAGAUCUCAAGAGGCAAUGGAGAGAAAGGAGAAGGAAUCAUGCGUGUGUCAGAAUCAAUUAUGACACUAGGCGGCAGCUCAAACACCGAUAAUGGCCAGGUUGAGGUGAGGGGUGGUGAAGGGGUUUCUUCAGCAGGUGAGAAGACAGGGUCAGCUAGCGUGUCUUUGCCGGGAAAACGCAUGCAGAUUAUGACCUCAUCUACAGAAAAAAAACAGGGGGAAGAUUCAGACAAAAGCUAUGGAGACAGGACAAAAGUAAAAGUAUCUGAAUUCAGCAUCCCUUGUCCAAAGGCAAAGGGAUUAAGUACUGAAAUCCAGAAUGUUACACAUAGUGACAGCUCAACAGGACUGGACACUACAUUAAAAGGAGGAAGAAUAGGAGGAGCAAAGAUAACAGUAAGCAAUUUUACCUCAGGAUAUUCCUCAACUCCAGGCAAGAUUUUUGUUGAAGGUGUGGAUGUCAACCUUACUGGUUCAAGACAGGGAGGUGAAGUAAAUGCCAAGCUACCAAGCACUGAACAAGACAUCCAAACACCAGGAAUAGACAGUAAAGUGCCAAAGGAUGAAAUACAGAUCCCUAUAAGUGGCACAGGAAAGUCAAUACCAGAGGGAACCAGUGUUAAAGUUGAACUCAACUCAAGCAUCAAAACCAAAGCAACAAAUAGUGCAGACACUGAUAUUGAUGUCAAAGGUCAACUGGUCAGAGGGAAAACUACUAGUAGUGUUGAAAUAUCAAAACUCCAAACAAUUGGUGGAGAAAUAGAUGUGAAACUUCCAACAAAAGAAUAUGUCAAAAAAGGGGAACUUCAGAUGAAAGGUCCAGUAAUAGGUGGACCAAAAAUCAACACACCAGAAGUUAAUCUCAAUCUGAGAGGUCCAGAGAUAAAGGGAGAUGUGGAUGUGUCACUUCCGAAGAUAGAGGGUGACAUCAAAGCACCUGAACUUGACAUAGAAGGCCCAGACAUGGAUAUCAAAGGCCACAAAGGAGGAUUUGAAAUGCCAAAGAUCAAAAUGCCAUCAUUUGGCUUCGAAGGCCCACAAGCAGAGGGUCGUGAUGUUUAUGUCAACAUUCCAAAAGGAAAGAUUGACAUUGAGAAACCUGAUGUUGACAUCAAAGCUCCAGAGAUUGACAUUGAAGGACUUGAUGGCAAACUCAAAGGACCCAAAUUAAGCAUGCCCAAAAUUUCUGGACCCAAAAUAUCCAUGUCAGAAAUGGAUAUCAGUCUAAAAGGGCCUAAAAUCAAAGGUGAUGUUGAUGCGUCAGUUCCAAGGAUCAAGGGUGACAUCAAAGCUCCAAAGGUGGACAUUGAAGGACCUGACAUUGACAUUGAAGGUAACAAAGGAGGAUUCAAAAUGCCAAAAAUAAAUAUGCCAUCAUUUGGAGUGAAAGGUCCACAUGUUGAUGUCAACCUUCCCAAGGCUGAUGUUGACAUCAAAGCUCCAGAACUGGACAUCAAAGGACCCGGGUUGGAAAUUGAGAGUCCAAGUGGCAAAAUCAAAGGACCCAGUAUACAAAUGCCAUCAAUUUCCGGUCCAAAAGUCUCCCUGCCAGAUGUAAACGUAAUCAGGAAAGAUUUAAAAUUUCAAGGUGAUGUGGAUGUGUCAGUUCCAAAGAUCAAAGGUGACAUCAAAGCCCCAAAGGUGGACAUUGAAGGACCUGACAUUGACAUUGAAGGUAGCAAAGGAGGAUUUGAAGGGCCAAAGAUCAAAACUCCAUCAUUUGGCUUCAAAGGUCCGAAGUUGGAAAGUCCUGAUGUUGAUGGAAACCUUUCAAAAGGAAAGAUUGACAUUGAAGGACCUAAAGUUGACAUCAAAGUUCCAGAGAUUGACAUAAAAGGACCCGAUGGCGAACUCAAAGGACCCAAAUUAAGCAUGCCCAACAUUUCUAGACCCAAAAUAUCCAUGCCAGAUAAGGAUAUCAGUGUCAAAGGGCCUAAAGUCAAAGGUGAUGUGGAUGUGUCAGUUCCAAAGAUCGAAGGUGACAUCAAAGCCCAAAAGGUGGACAUUGAAGGACCUGACAUUGACAUUGAAGGUGGCAAAGGAAGAUUUGAAAUGCCAAAAAUCAAAAUGCCAUCAUUUGGCUUCAAGGGCCCAAAGUUGGAAGGUCCUGACAUGGAUGUAAACCUUCCUAAAGGAAAUAUUGACAUUAAAGGACCUGCUGCUGACAUCAAAGCUCCAGAGAUUGACAUUGAAGGACCCGAUGGCAAACUCAAAGGACCCAAAUUAAGCAUGCCUGACAUUUCUGUUCCCAAAAUAUCCAUGCCACAUAUGGAUAUCAGUCUCAAAGGGCCUAAAGUCAAAGGUGAUGUGGAUGUGUCAGUUCCAAAGAUCGAGGGUGACAUGAAAGCUCCAAAGGUGGACAUUGAAGGGCCUGACAUUGAAAUUGAAGGUAGCAGAGGAGGAUUCAAAAUGCCAAAAAUAAAAAUGCCAUCAUUUGGAGUGAAAGGCCCAAAUAUUGACCUGCCAGAUGUUGAUGUCAACCUUCCCAAGGCUGAUGUUGACAUAAAAGCUCCAGAGCUGGACAUGAAAGGACCUGAAUUGGAAAUUGAGAGUCCAAGUGGAAAAAUCAAAGGAUCCAAAUUCAAAAUGCCCUCAAUCUCUGGACCAAAAAUCAACAUGCCAGAUGUGGAUUUCAACCUGAAAGGGCCAAACUUUGGGGGUGAUGUCGAUGUGUCAGUUCCAAAGAUUGAGGGUGACAUCAAAGCACCUGAACUUGACAUAGAAGGACCAGACAUGGAUAUCAAAGGGGGAUUUGAAAUGCCAAAGAUCAAAAUGCCAUCAUUUGGCUUCAAAGGCCCAAAGUUGGAAGGUCCUGAUGUUGAUGUCAACCUUCCAAAAGGAAAUAUUGACAUUGCGGGGCCUGAUGUAGACAUUGAAGGACCUGAAGGAAAACUCAAAGGACCCAAAUUAAGCAUGCCCAAAAUUUCUGGUCCCAAAAUAUCCAUGCCAGAUAUGGAUUUCAAUCUGAAAGGGCCUAAAAUCAAAGGUGAUGUGGAUGUGUCAGUUCCAAAGAUCGAGGGUGACAUGAAAGCUCCAAAGGUGGACAUUGAAGGGCCUGACUUUGAAAUUGAAGGUAGCAAAGGAGGAUUCAAAAUGCCAAAAAUAAAAAUGCCAUCAUUUGGAGUGAAAGGCCCAAAAAUUGACCUGCCAGAUGUUGAUGUCAACCUUCCCAAGGCUGAUGUUGACAUAAAAGCUCCAGAGCUUGACAUAAAAGGACCUGAGUUGGAAAUUGAGAGUCCAAGUGGAAAAAUCAAAGGAUCCAAAUUCAAAAUGCCCUCAAUCUCUGGACCAAAAAUCAACAUGCCAGAUGUGGAUUUCAAACUGAAAGGGCCAAACUUUGGGGGUGAUGUCGAUGUGUCAGUUCCAAAGAUUGAGGGUGACAUCAAAGCACCUGAACUUGACAUAGAAGGACCAGACAUGGAUAUCAAAGGGGGAUUUGAAAUGCCAAAGAUCAAAAUGCCAUCAUUUGGCUUCAAAGGCCCAAAGUUGGAAGGUCCUGAUGUUGAUGUCAACCUUCCAAAAGGAAAUAUUGACAUUGCGGGGCCUGAUGUAGACAUUGAAGGACCUGAAGGAAAACUCAAAGGACCCAAAUUAAGCAUGCCCAAAAUUUCUGGUCCCAAAAUAUCCAUGCCAGAUAUGGAUUUCAAUCUGAAAGGGCCUAAACUCAAAGGUGAUGUGGAUGUGUCAGUUCCAAAGAUCGAGGGUGACAUGAAAGCUCCAAAGGUGGACAUUGAAGGGCCUGACUUUGAAAUUGAAGGUAGCAAAGGAGGAUUCAAAAUGCCAAAAAUAAAAAUGCCAUCAUUUGGACUGAAAGGCCCAAAAAUUGACCUGCCAGAUGUUGAUGUCAACCUUCCCAAGGCUGAUGUUGACAUAAAAGCUCCAGAGCUUGACAUAAAAGGACCUGAGUUGGAAAUUGAGAGUCCAAGUGGAAAAAUCAAAGGAUCCAAAUUCAAAAUGCCCUCAAUCUCUGGACCAAAGAUCGCCAUGCCAGAUGUGGAUUUCAAACUGAAAGGGCCAAACUUUGGGGGUGAUGUCGAUGUGUCAGUUCCAAAGAUUGAGGGUGACAUCAAAGCACCUGAACUUGACAUAGAAGGACCUGACAUGGAUAUCAAAGGGGGAUUUGAAAUGCCAAAGAUCAAAAUGCCAUCAUUUGGCUUCAAAGGCCCAAAGUUGGAAGGUCCUGAUGUUGAUGUCAACCUUCCAAAAGGAAAUAUUGACAUUGCGGGGCCUGAUGUAGACAUUGAAGGACCUGAAGGAAAACUCAAAGGACCCAAAUUAAGCAUGCCCAAAAUUUCUGGUCCCAAAAUAUCCAUGCCAGAUAUGGAUUUCAAUCUGAAAGGGCCUAAACUCAAAGGUGAUGUGGAUGUGUCAGUUCCAAAGAUCGAGGGUGACAUGAAAGCUCCAAAGGUGGACAUUGAAGGGCCUGACUUUGAAAUUGAAGGUAGCAAAGGAGGAUUCAAAAUGCCAAAAAUAAAAAUGCCAUCAUUUGGAGUGAAAGGCCCAAAAAUUGACCUGCCAGAUGUUGAUGUCAACCUUCCCAAGGCUGAUGUUGACAUAAAAGCUCCAGAGCUUGACAUAAAAGGACCUGAGUUGGAAAUUGAGAGUCCAAGUGGAAAAAUCAAAGGAUCCAAAUUCAAAAUGCCCUCAAUCUCUGGACCAAAGAUCGCCAUGCCAGAUGUGGAUUUCAAACUGAAAGGGCCAAACUUUGGGGGUGAUGUCGAUGUGUCAGUUCCAAAGAUUGAGGGUGACAUCAAAGCACCUGAACUUGACAUAGAAGGACCAGACAUGGAUAUCAAAGGGGGAUUUGAAAUGCCAAAGAUCAAAAUGCCAUCAUUUGGCUUCAAAGGCCCAAAGUUGGAAGGUCCUGAUGUUGAUGUCAACCUUCCAAAAGGAAAUAUUGACAUUGCGGGGCCUGAUGUAGACAUUGAAGGACCUGAAGGAAAACUCAAAGGACCCAAAUUAAGCAUGCCCAAAAUUUCUGGUCCCAAAAUAUCCAUGCCAGAUAUGGAUUUCAAUCUGAAAGGGCCUAAACUCAAAGGUGAUGUGGAUGUGUCAGUUCCAAAGAUCGAGGGUGACAUGAAAGCUCCAAAGGUGGACAUUGAAGGGCCUGACUUUGAAAUUGAAGGUAGCAAAGGAGGAUUCAAAAUGCCAAAAAUAAAAAUGCCAUCAUUUGGAGUGAAAGGCCCAAAAAUUGACCUGCCAGAUGUUGAUGUCAACCUUCCCAAGGCUGAUGUUGACAUAAAAGCUCCAGAGCUUGACAUAAAAGGACCUGAGUUGGAAAUUGAGAGUCCAAGUGGAAAAAUCAAAGGAUCCAAAUUCAAAAUGCCCUCAAUCUCUGGACCAAAAAUCAACAUGCCAGAUGUGGAUUUCAACCUGAAAGGGCCAAACUUUGGGGGUGAUGUCGAUGUGUCAGUUCCAAAGAUUGAGGGUGACAUCAAAGCACCUGAACUUGACAUAGAAGGACCAGACAUGGAUAUCAAAGGGGGAUUUGAAAUGCCAAAGAUCAAAAUGCCAUCAUUUGGCUUCAAAGGCCCAAAGUUGGAAGGUCCUGAUGUUGAUGUCAACCUUCCAAAAGGAAAUAUUGACAUUGCGGGGCCUGAUGUAGACAUUGAAGGACCUGAAGGAAAACUCAAAGGACCCAAAUUAAGCAUGCCCAAAAUUUCUGGUCCCAAAAUAUCCAUGCCAGAUAUGGAUUUCAAUCUGAAAGGGCCUAAACUCAAAGGUGAUGUGGAUGUGUCAGUUCCAAAGAUCGAGGGUGACAUGAAAGCUCCAAAGGUGGACAUUGAAGGGCCUGACUUUGAAAUUGAAGGUAGCAAAGGAGGAUUCAAAAUGCCAAAAAUAAAAAUGCCAUCAUUUGGAGUGAAAGGCCCAAAAAUUGACCUGCCAGAUGUUGAUGUCAACCUUCCCAAGGCUGAUGUUGACAUAAAAGCUCCAGAGCUUGACAUAAAAGGACCUGAGUUGGAAAUUGAGAGUCCAAGUGGAAAAAUCAAAGGAUCCAAAUUCAAAAUGCCCUCAAUCUCUGGACCAAAGAUCGCCAUGCCAGAUGUGGAUUUCAAACUGAAAGGGCCAAACUUUGGGGGUGAUGUCGAUGUGUCAGUUCCAAAGAUUGAGGGUGACAUCAAAGCACCUGAGCUUGACAUAGAAGGACCAGACAUGGAUAUCAAAGGGGGAUUUGAAAUGCCAAAGAUCAAAAUGCCAUCAUUUGGCUUCAAAGGCCCAAAGUUGGAAGGUCCUGAUGUUGAUGUCAACCUUCCAAAAGGAAAUAUUGACAUUGCGGGGCCUGAUGUAGACAUUGAAGGACCUGAAGGAAAACUCAAAGGACCCAAAUUAAGCAUGCCCAAAAUUUCUGGUCCCAAAAUAUCCAUGCCAGAUAUGGAUUUCAAUCUGAAAGGGCCUAAACUCAAAGGUGAUGUGGAUGUGUCAGUUCCAAAGAUCGAGGGUGACAUGAAAGCUCCAAAGGUGGACAUUGAAGGGCCUGACAUUUACAUUGAAGGUAGCAAAGGAGGAUUCAAAAUGCCAAAAUUUAAAAUGCCAUCAUUUGGACAGAAAGGUCCACAUGUUGACAUGCCAGAUGUUGAUGUCAACCUUCCCAAGGCUGAUGUUGACAUCAAACCUCCAGAGCUGGACAUCAGAGGACCCAAGUUGGAAAUUGAGAGUCCAAGUGGCAAAAUCAAAGGACCCAAAUUCAACAUGCCCUCAAUCUCUGGACCAAAAAUCAACAUGCCAGAUGUGGAUUUCAACCUGAAAGGCCCAAAACUCGGGGGUGAUGCUGAUGUAUCACUUCCCAAGAUAGAGGGAGACAUCAAAGCACCUGAACUUGACAUAGAAGGACCAGACAUGGAUAUCAAAGGCCACAAAGGAGGAUUUGAAAUGCCAAAAAUCAAAAUGCCAUCAUUUGGCUUCAAAGGCCCAAAGUUAGAAGGUCCUGAUGUUGAUGUCAACCUUCCAAAAGGAAAGAUUGACAUUGAGGGACCUGCUGUUGACAUCAAAGCUCCAGAGAUUGACAUUGAAGGACCCGAUGGCAAACUCAAAGGACCUAAAUUAAGCAUGCCCAAAAUUUCUGGACCCAAAAUAUCCAUGCCAGAUGUUGAUUUUAAUAUUAAAGUCCCCAAAAUAGAGGGAGACAUGAAGUCACCCGAGCUCAAUAUCAAAGCCCCGAAUGUUGAAUUAGAAAGUCCCAAGGGUCACAUUAGUGGGCCAAAGAUUAAAUUACCAAAGGUUUCAGGACCAAAAGUUUCCCUGCCAGAUGUUGACAUCAAUCUAAAGGGGCCCAAAUUAAAAGGAGAUCUGAAAGAGGUUCAGUUGCCAAAAGCAGAGAUUCCAGAGCCAGAUGUUGACAUUAAAGGACCAGAAAUUGGAUUGAAGAAAGGAAAGUUUAAAAAGCCAAAGUUUGGAUUCAAAUCUCAUAAAGCGAAAGCCCAAGGCCCUGAACUUGACGUGAAUAUUGGUGAAUCAAGCAUGAAGGGAAAAGCUGGAGCCUCGACAAAUCUUGAUCUUGAUGUAGAAAUGACAGGUUCAAAAAGCAAGGGAUAUAAAUUUAAGAUGCCAAAAUUUGGAUUUAAGGGACCCAAGGUUGACCUGCCAGAUGUUGAUGUCAACCUUCCCAAGGCUGAUGCUGACAUCAAAGCUCCAGAUCUGGACAUCAAAGGACCCAAGUUGGAAAUUGAGAGUCCAAGUGGAAAAAUCAAAGGACCCAAAUUAAACAUGCCUUCAAUCUCUGGACCAAAAAUCAACAUGCCAGAUGUGGAUUUCAACCUAAAAGGGCCAAAACUUGGGGGUGGUGUUGAUGUAUCACUUCCCAAGAUAGAGGGAGACAUCAAAGCACCUGAGCUUGACAUAGAAGGACCUGACAUGGAUAUUGAAGGUGGCAAAGGAGGAUUUGAAAUGCCAAAGAUCAAAAUGCCAUCAUUUGGCUUCAAAGGCCCAAAGUUGGAAGGUCCUGAUGUUGAUGUCAACCUUCCAAAAGGAAAUAUUGACAUUGAGGGACCUGAUGUAGACAUUGAAGGACCUGAUGGAAAAUUCAAAGGGCCAAAAUUCAGCAUGCCUAAAAUUUCUGGUCCCAAAAUAUCCAUGCCAGAUAUGGAUUUUAAUCUGAAAGGGCCUAAAAUCAAAGGUGAUGUGGAUGUGUCAGUUCCAAAGAUUGAGGGUGAAAUUAAAGCCCCAAAUGUGGACUUUGAAGGGCCUGACAUUGACAUUGAAGGUGGUAAAGGAGGAUUUAAAAUGCCAAAAAUAAAAAUGCCAUCAUUUGGACUGAAAGCUCCACAUGUUGACAUGCCAGAUGUUGAUGUCAACCUUCCCAAGGCUGAUGUUGACAUCAAAGCUCCAGAGCUGGACAUCAAAGGACCCAAGUUGGAAAUUGAGAGUCCAAGUGGCAAAAUCAAAGGACCCAAAUUCAACAUGCCUUCAAUCUCUGGACCAAAAAUCAACAUGCCAGAUGUGGAUUUCAACCUGAAAGGCCCAAAACUUGGGGGUGAUGUUGAUGUAUCACUUCCCAAGAUAGAGGGAGACAUCAAAGCACCUGAACUUGACAUAGAAGGACCUGACAUGGAUAUUGAAGGUGGAAAAGGAGGAUUUGAAAUGCCAAAGAUCAAAAUGCCAUCAUUUGGCUUCAGAGGCCCAAAGUUGGAAGGUCCUGAUGUUGAUGUCAACCUUCCAAAAGGAAAUAUUGACAUUGAGGGACCUGAUGUAGACAUUGAAGGACCUGAUGGAAAACUCAAAGGACCCAAAUUUAAAAUGCCCAAAAUUUCUGGUCCCAAAAUAUCCAUGCCAGAUAUGGAUUUCAAUCUGAAAGGGCCUAAAAUCAAAGGUGAUGUGGAUGUGUCAGUUCCAAAGAUCGAGGGUGAAAUCAAAGCCCCAAAUGUGGACUUUGAAGGGCCUGACAUUGACAUUGAAGGUAACAAAGGAGGAUUCAAAAUGCCUAAAUUUAAAAUGCCAUCAUUUGGACUGAAAGGUCCACAUGUUGAAAUGCCAGAUGUUGAUGUCAACCUUCCCAAGGCUGAUGUUGACAUCAAAGCUCCAGAGCUGGACAUCAAAGGACCCAAGUUGGAAAUUGAGAGUCCAAGUGGCAAAAUCAAAGGACCCAAAUUCAACAUGCCUUCAAUCUCUGGACCAAAAAUCAACAUGCCAGAUGUGGAUUUCAACCUGAAAGGCCCAAAACUUGGGGGUGAUGUUGAUGUAUCACUUCCCAAGAUAGAGGGAGACAUCAAAGCACCUGAACUUGACAUAGAAGGACCAGACAUUGACAUUGGAGGUGGCCACAAAGGAGGAUUUGAAAUGCCAAAGAUCAAAAUGCCAUCAUUUGGCUUCAAAGGCCCAAAGUUGGAAGGUCCUGAUGUUGAUGUCAACCUUCCAAAAGGAAAUAUUGACAUUGAGGGACCUGAUGUAGACAUUGAAGGACCUGAUGGAAAAUUCAAAGGGCCAAAAUUCAGCAUGCCUAAAAUUUCUGGUCCCAAAAUAUCCAUGCCAGAUAUGGAUUUCAAUCUGAAAGGGCCUAAAAUCAAAGGUGAUGUGGAUGUGUCAGUUCCAAAGAUUGAGGGUGAAAUCAAAGCCCCAAAUGUGGACUUUGAAGGGCCUGACAUUGACAUUGACGGUAACAAAGGAGGAUUCAAAAUGCCUAAAUUUAAAAUGCCAUCAUUUGGACAGAAAGGUCCACAUGUUGACAUGCCAGAUGUUGAUGUCAACCUUCCCAAGGCUGAUGUUGACAUCAAAGCUCCAGAGCUGGACAUCAAAGGACCCAAGUUGGAAAUUGAGAGUCCAAGUGGCAAAAUCAAAGGACCCAAAUUCAACAUGCCUUCAAUCUCUGGACCAAAAAUCAACAUGCCAGAUGUGGAUUUCAACCUGAAAGGCCCAAAACUUGGGGGUGAUGUUGAUGUAUCACUUCCCAAGAUAGAGGGAGACAUCAAAGCACCUGAACUUGACAUAGAAGGACCAGACAUUGACAUUGGAGGUGGCCACAAAGGAGGAUUUGAAAUGCCAAAGAUCAAAAUGCCAUCAUUUGGCUUCAAAGGCCCAAAGUUGGAAGGUCCUGAUGUUGAUGUCAACCUUCCAAAAGGAAAUAUUGACAUUGAGGGACCUGAUGUAGACAUUGAAGGACCUGAUGGAAAACUCAAAGGGCCAAAAUUCAGCAUGCCCAAAAUUUCUGGACCCAAAAUAUCCAUGCCAGAUAUGGAUUUCAAUCUGAAAGGGCCUAAACUUGGGGGUGGUGUUGAUGUAUCACUACCUAAGAUAGAGGGAGACAUCAAAGCACCUGAACUUGACAUAGAAGGACCUGACAUGAAUAUCAAAGGCCACAAAGGAGGAUUUGAUAUGCCAAAGAUCAAAAUGCCAUCAUUUGGCUUCAAAGGCCCAAAGUUGGAAGGUCCUGAUGUUGAUGUCAACCUUCCAAAAGGAAAUAUUGACAUUGAGGGACCUGAUGUAGACAUUGAAGGACCUGAUGGAAAACUCAAAGGACCCAAAUUUAAAAUGCCCAAAAUUUCUGGUCCCAAAAUAUCCAUGCCAGAUAUGGAUUUCAAUCUGAAAGGGCCUAAAAUCAAAGGUGAUGUGGAUGUGUCAGUUCCAAAGAUCGAGGGUGAAAUCAAAGCCCCAAAUGUGGACUUUGAAGGGCCUGACAUUGACAUUGAAGGUAACAAAGGAGGAUUCAAAAUGCCUAAAUUUAAAAUGCCAUCAUUUGGACUGAAAACUCCACAUGUUGAAAUGCCAGAUGUUGAUGUCAACCUUCCCAAGGCUGAUGUUGACAUCAAAGCUCCAGAGCUGGACAUCAAAGGACCCAAGUUGGAAAUUGAGAGUCCAAGUGGAAAAAUCAAAGGACCCAAAUUAAACAUGCCUUCAAUCUCUGGACCAAAAAUCAACAUGCCAGAUGUGGAUUUCAACCUGAAAGGCCCAAAACUUGGGGGUGGUGUUGAUGUAUCACUUCCCAAGAUAGAGGGAGACAUCAAAGCACCUGAACUUGACAUAGAAGGACCAGACAUUGACAUUGGAGGUGGCCACAAAGGAGGAUUUGAAAUGCCAAAGAUCAAAAUGCCAUCAUUUGGCUUCAAAGGCCCAAAGUUGGAAAGUCCUGAUGUUGAUGUCAACCUUCCAAAAGGAAAUAUUGACAUUGAGGGACCUGAUGUAGACAUUGAAGGACCUGAUGGAAAACUCAAAGGACCCAAAUUUAAAAUGCCCAAAAUUUCUGGUCCCAAAAUAUCCAUGCCAGAUAUGGAUUUCAAUCUGAAAGGGCCUAAAAUCAAAGGUGAUGUGGAUGUGUCAGUUCCAAAGAUUGAGGGUGAAAUCAAAGCCCCAAAUGUGGACUUUGAAGGGCCAGACAUUGACAUUGGAGGUGGCCACAAAGGAGGAUUUGAAAUGCCAAAGAUCAAAAUGCCAUCAUUUGGCUUCAAAGGCCCAAAGUUGGAAGGUCCUGAUGUUGAUGUCAACCUUCCAAAAGGAAAUAUUGACAUUGAGGGACCUGAUGUAGACAUUGAAGGACCUGAUGGAAAACUCAAAGGGCCAAAAUUCAGCAUGCCCAAAAUUUCUGGACCCAAAAUAUCCAUGCCAGAUAUGGAUUUCAAUCUGAAAGGGCCUAAACUUGGGGGUGGUGUUGAUGUAUCACUACCUAAGAUAGAGGGAGACAUCAAAGCACCUGAACUUGACAUAGAAGGACCUGACAUGAAUAUCAAAGGCCACAAAGGAGGAUUUGAUAUGCCAAAGAUCAAAAUGCCAUCAUUUGGCUUCAAAGGCCCAAAGUUGGAAGGUCCUGAUGUUGAUGUCAACCUUCCAAAAGGAAAUAUUGACAUUGAGGGACCUGAUGUAGACAUUGAAGGACCUGAUGGAAAACUCAAAGGACCCAAAUUUAAAAUGCCCAAAAUUUCUGGUCCCAAAAUAUCCAUGCCAGAUAUGGAUUUCAAUCUGAAAGGGCCUAAAAUCAAAGGUGAUGUGGAUGUGUCAGUUCCAAAGAUCGAGGGUGAAAUCAAAGCCCCAAAUGUGGACUUUGAAGGGCCUGACAUUGACAUUGAAGGUAACAAAGGAGGAUUCAAAAUGCCUAAAUUUAAAAUGCCAUCAUUUGGACUGAAAACUCCACAUGUUGAAAUGCCAGAUGUUGAUGUCAACCUUCCCAAGGCUGAUGUUGACAUCAAAGCUCCAGAGCUGGACAUCAAAGGACCCAAGUUGGAAAUUGAGAGUCCAAGUGGAAAAAUCAAAGGACCCAAAUUAAACAUGCCUUCAAUCUCUGGACCAAAAAUCAACAUGCCAGAUGUGGAUUUCAACCUGAAAGGCCCAAAACUUGGGGGUGGUGUUGAUGUAUCACUUCCCAAGAUAGAGGGAGACAUCAAAGCACCUGAACUUGACAUAGAAGGACCAGACAUUGACAUUGGAGGUGGCCACAAAGGAGGAUUUGAAAUGCCAAAGAUCAAAAUGCCAUCAUUUGGCUUCAGAGGCCCAAAGUUGGAAAGUCCUGAUGUUGAUGUCAACCUUCCAAAAGGAAAUAUUGACAUUGAGGGACCUGAUGUAGACAUUGAAGGACCUGAUGGAAAACUCAAAGGACCCAAAUUUAAAAUGCCCAAAAUUUCUGGUCCCAAAAUAUCCAUGCCAGAUAUGGAUUUCAAUCUGAAAGGGCCUAAAAUCAAAGGUGAUGUGGAUGUGUCAGUUCCAAAGAUUGAGGGUGAAAUCAAAGCCCCAAAUGUGGACUUUGAAGGGCCUGACAUUGACAUUGACGGUAACAAAGGAGGAUUCAAAAUGCCUAAAUUUAAAAUGCCAUCAUUUGGACUAAAAGCUCCACAUGUUGAAAUGCCAGAUGUUGAUGUCAACCUUCCCAAGGCUGAUGUUGACAUCAAAGCUCCAGAGCUGGACAUCAAAGGACCCAAGUUGGAAAUUGAGAGUCCAAGUGGCAAAAUCAAAGGACCCAAAUUAAACAUGCCCUCAAUCUCUGGACCAAAAAUCAACAUGCCAGAUGUGGAUUUCAACCUGAAAGGCCCAAAACUUGGGGGUGGUGUUGAUGUAUCACUACCUAAGAUAGAGGGAGACAUCAAAGCACCUGAACUUGACAUAGAAGGACCUGACAUGGAUAUUGAAGGUGGAAAAGGAGGAUUUGAAAUGCCAAAGAUCAAAAUGCCAUCAUUUGGCUUCAGAGGCCCAAAGUUGGAAGGUCCUGAUGUUGAUGUCAACCUUCCCAAGGCUGAUGUUGACAUCAAAGCUCCAGAGCUGGACAUCAAAGGACCCAAGUUGGAAAUUGAGAGUCCAAGUGGCAAAAUCAAAGGACCCAAAUUCAACAUGCCUUCAAUCUCUGGACCAAAAAUCAACAUGCCAGAUGUGGAUUUCAACCUGAAAGGCCCAAAACUCGGGGGUGAUGCUGAUGUAUCACUUCCCAAGAUAGAGGGAGACAUCAAAGCACCUGAACUUGACAUAGAAGGACCAGACAUUGACAUUGGAGGUGGCCACAAAGGAGGAUUUGAAAUGCCAAAGAUCAAGAUGCCAUCAUUUGGCUUCAAAGGCCCAAAGUUGGAAGGUCCUGAUGUUGAUGUCAACCUUCCAAAAGGAAAUAUUGACAUUGAGGGACCUGAUGUAGACAUUGAAGGACCUGAUGGAAAAUUCAAAGGGCCAAAAUUCAGCAUGCCUAAAAUUUCUGGUCCCAAAAUAUCCAUGCCAGAUAUGGAUUUCAAUCUGAAAGGGCCUAAAAUCAAAGGUGAUGUGGAUGUGUCAGUUCCAAAGAUCAAGGGUGACAUCAAAGCUCCUAAGGUGGACUUUGAAGGGCCUGACAUUGACAUUGAAGGUAGCAAAGGAGGAUUCAAAAUGCCAACAUUUAAAAUGCCAUCAUUUGGACUGAAAGGUCCACAUGUUGAAAUGCCAGAUGUUGAUGUCAACCUUCCCAAGGCUGAUGUUGACAUCAAAGCUCCAGAGCUGGACAUCAAAGGACCCAAGUUGGAAAUUGAGAGUCCAAGUGGCAAAAUCAAAGGACCCAAAUUCAACAUGCCUUCAAUCUCUGGACCAAAAAUCAACAUGCCAGAUGUGGAUUUCAACCUGAAAGGCCCAAAACUUGGGGGUGAUGUUGAUGUAUCACUUCCCAAGAUAGAGGGAGACAUCAAAGCACCUGAACUUGACAUAGAAGGACCAGACAUUGACAUUGGAGGUGGCCACAAAGGAGGAUUUGAAAUGCCAAAGAUCAAAAUGCCAUCAUUUGGCUUCAAAGGCCCAAAGUUGGAAGGUCCUGAUGUUGAUGUCAACCUUCCAAAAAGAAAUAUUGACAUUGAGGGACCUGAUGUAGACAUUGAAGGACCUGAUGGAAAAUUCAAAGGGCCAAAAUUCAGCAUGCCUAAAAUUUCUGGUCCCAAAAUAUCCAUGCCAGACAUGGAUUUCAAUCUGAAAGGGCCUAAACUCAAAGGUGAUGUGGAUGUGUCAGUUCCAAAGAUCAAGGGUGACAUCAAAGCUCCUAAGGUGGACAUUGAAGGGCCUGACAUUGACAUUGAAGGUGGUAAAGGAGGAUUCAAAAUGCCAACAUUUAAAAUGCCAUCAUUUGGACUAAAAGGUCCACAUGUCGACAUGCCAGAUGUUGAUGUCAACCUUCCCAAGGCUGAUGUUGACAUCAAAGCUCCAGAGCUGGACAUAAAAGGACCCAAGUUGGAAAUUGAGAGUCCAAGUGGCAAAAUCAAAGGACCCAAAUUAAACAUGCCCUCAAUCUCUGGACCAAAAAUCAACAUGCCAGAUGUGGAUUUCAACCUGAAAGGCCCAAAACUUGGGGGUGAUGUUGAUGUAUCACUUCCCAAGAUAGAGGGAGACAUCAAAGCACCUGAACUUGACAUAGAAGGACCUGACAUGAAUAUCAAAGGCCACAAAGGAGGAUUUGAUAUGCCAAAGAUCAAAAUGCCAUCAUUUGGCUUCAAAGGCCCAAAGUUGGAAGGUCCUGAUGUUGAUGUCAACCUUCCAAAAGGAAAUAUUGACAUUGAGGGACCUGAUGUAGACAUUGAAGGACCUGAUGGAAAAUUCAAAGGGCCAAAAUUCAGCAUGCCCAAAAUUUCUGGACCCAAAAUAUCCAUGCCAGAUAUGGAUUUCAAUCUGAAAGGGCCUAAACUCAAAGGUGAUGUGGAUGUGUCAGUUCCAAAGAUCGAGGGUGACAUCAAAGCUCCUAAGGUGGACAUUGAAGGGCCUGACAUUGACAUUGAAGGUGGUAAAGGAGGAUUUAAAAUGCCAAAAAUAAAAACGCCAUCUUUUGGAUUGAAAGGUCCACAUGUUGACCUGCCAGAUGUUGAUGUCAACCUUCCCAAGGCUGAUGUUGACAUCAAAGCUCCAGAGCUGGACAUCAAAGGACCCAAGUUGGAAAUUGAGAGUCCAAGUGGCAAAAUCAAAGGACCCAAAUUCAACAUGCCUUCAAUCUCUGGACCAAAAAUCAACAUGCCAGAUGUGGAUUUCAACCUAAAAGGACCAAAACUUGGGGGUGAUGUUGCUGUAUCACUUCCCAAGAUAGAGGGAGACAUCAAAGCACCUGAACUUGACAUAGAAGGACCAGACAUGGAUAUCAAAGGAGGAUUUGAUAUGCCAAAGAUCAAAAUGCCAUCAUUUGGCUUCAAAGGCCCAAAGUUGGAAGGUCCUGAUGUUGAUGUCAACCUUCCAAAAGGAAAUAUUGACAUUGAGGGACCUGAUGUAGACAUUGAAGGACCUGAUGGAAAAUUCAAAGGACCCAAAUUCAGCAUGCCCAAAAUUUCUGGUCCCAAAAUCUCCAUGCCAGACAUGGAUUUCAGUCUUAAAGGGCCUAAAGUCAAAGGUGAUGUGGAUGUGUCAGUUCCAAAGAUUGAGAGUGACAUCCAAGGUCCAAGUGCAAAUAUAUCAGGUCCAGCUAUUGGUAUGGAGUCUGGCUCAAGCAGUUUUGGCAAAAUGGGUGUGUCUUUUCCCAAAUUCAAAGGUCCUAAGUUUGGAAUGAAAGCCCCUGAUGUUUCAUUUACAACAGCUGAAGGAAGUUUAGACCCUGAAAGUGACAUACAUGUAAAGGGGAAGAAGGGUAAAUUCAAACUUCAAGGAAAAGGAAAAGUCAAGAAACCUGAUACUGAGGUGACACCACCAGCAGCAGACUUGGAUCUUGACACACCUCAUUACCGAGUGAAAGGAACAAAGGGGAAAAAGCCUCUUUUCGGAAAAAUUCAUUUUCCCGAUGUGGAGUUAGACAUCAAAACACCAAAGACAAAAUUAGAUGGAUCUUUAUCAGAGGGAUUAAAAUCUUCUGACAUAGAUAUGCCAUCUGCUAGCCUGACCACUGCCACAACAAAGGUUAGUUUGGAAGGGCCAGAUGGAAAAUUCAAGUCCCCUGACAUAAAACCUCCAAAUGUGAACCUCUCUGCCUCUGGUAUUGAUACAGAUUUAAAAGGAAAAGCAGAUGCAACACUGUCUGGAGGUAUUAAAGGCCCAAACAUUAAUGUGAAAGGUGAUGCAAGGAUUGGCACCGGUAUCUCAGGGACCACUGCAAUUAGUGGCCUUCACUUCCCAGAAGGUAGUGUGACCUUUCCCAAAAUGAAAGUACCAAAAUUUGGUAUUCUUCUGCCUCAGAUGGAAGGGCAGCAGCGUGGAGGUCAUUGUAGUUCAGAACUUGGAGCAAGCGGAGGAAUAAACACACAGUCUCCAUCUGUUAGUCUUGUCAGUUCGCAGGACAUUGAGAUUUCCAGUCCAGAAUUUAGACAUAGUGAAGGCAAAGUAAAAGUGAAGAUACCAAAGUUUUUCGGAAAACCAAAAGCAAAAGGCAGUAGUGUAGGUGACCUUAGAGGACCAGAGGUAGUCUCCAAGGACACUGGGGAAUUGAACUUAGCACUGGAGGGUGAUACUGGGCUGAAUGUGUCAUCUAAAGGAAAGUCAGCCUCACUAGAUCUAUUUAAAAAAUCGAGGCACCGAUCCUCUUCUCUUAGUGAUGAGGGAGAGCUUGCCAUUAGCUCUCCUUCCACUCACUUAGAGGCUGAAGAGGGAGACAUUUCAUUAGACCUUGGAGGAAGCAAGGUAAAAGGAAAGAAAGGCAAGUUGAAGUUUGGCACCUUUGGAGGUUUUGGUUCAAAGUCAAAAGGCUCAUAUGAAGUGACACUUGGUGAGGACAGUGAAGCAAGAGCAGAAGGAAGUGCAGGUAUUUCUCUACCCUCCAAGAAAUCUAGAUUGUCUUCAUCUUCAAGCAGUGACAGUGGUUCAAGAGGUGGUUUCAGGUUCCCAAGACUUGAACUAUCUGUUUCACCCAAAAAAUAAAUAUUUUGGAAGACAACUGACCUUUAUCAUAUACACCCAAACACCCUCUCCUGACACGACAGGUUACUUAUACACUAGUCUUUAAAUAGUUUAGAGGGCAUACAAGGUCAUCUCAUUGAUGUCAACCAUGAGUCAAACUUUCUUUAAUAAUGGACCUGAGUGCAUAAGAUUGUUCAAAAUCCCUUUCAAGUGUAAAUAAGAUUGAUUUGUAUUGUAAAAAAUAAAAGUAGCCGUUUUUUUGUACAUAGUCCAGAGUUAUUGAAAAAAUUCCAUCUCACCUUUUAUCAACAAUUCAAUACAAGUUUUGCCAUUUUGUAAAAUGUCAUUCUAUAAGAUGAAUAUUUUUAAGACUGGAUGUGGUAUAACUGAAUCAAGGGAGCUAUUACACAGAACAGACAGUUAGGCAAGUUAUUUUGAAGGACAACGUUGUUAAUACACUUUGAUAUUUACAUACAUACAUACAUACAUACAUACAUAAGCACCUACCAUUGUUUAUGGGUGAAAUUAUUUUAUUUUUAAGCUUUAGUGUUAUAAAACCUGUGCAAAAAUCAUAUUUUGACAUAGAUCUGGCCCUUUUACAACACAAUAUGAAAAGAAAUAACAUGUUGUAUAUAGCUUAACACAAUUGCAAAGACAAUCACUAUUUCAAAACUAUCAACCCUCUGAAGUGCUGUCUAUAGUUUUGUUUAUUCUAAUGAACAUUUUUCAACUUUGACGUUAUGUGCAAAUUAAAAAAAUGCAUUUGCUAAUUUUUUAAAACAUAUUUCAAUCCCUUGUCUUGUCAUUUUCAUGCUCGCCUAUUUUCCAAUUGUCUGUAUUUUAUUUCCUUGUUUUUCUGCCACUGCCUUUGUACACACAUUUGAUUAAGAAAAAUGUAACAAAUAAACAGUCACUUUUGGA